CGCUCACAACAUGGCGAUGAAGCCGAGAGGGACGCGACGUCUCUCCCCCAACUAGUGCUAUUCUGUUGUGUGUAGAAGGGGGACCAAUCAAAAGGAAUAUUCAUGAAAUAACAGCCAACUAAAAAAUCAAGUGGACUUUAUUUAGGAUUCCGAUAUAUGUAUGUAGCUAACGGUAUAGCUAGCUAUUAAAAACCCACACGGUGCUGACCCCUCUGCUGGAAAUCAAAGGCUUUACAUGGCGGUGGAGAAUAUCUGUUUUAUCUGCCUACUUUCGCUGGGGUUUUGUGUUUUGUCCACUCAAGAAAAGCCAGCGUCGGUGGAACUGAGCUGCGGGGCAGGGCCCGUCCACGUGGUGCUGGAGCCCGGACAUCCCCUCCUGCUGGACUGCCACCUCGGGGCCACCGAGACCCCCUUCAACGUGACCUGGCUCCGGGACGGCGAGCUGGUGCAGGACGGCGAGGCGGUGCGCACGCUGCCCAAUGGCUCGCUGGUGCUGCUGGGCCGGGAGGGGAGGCUGCCCCCCGGGGUGGAGGGCGGCUACAGCUGCGUGUCGGCCAGCCCCUUCGGAGCUCUCACCAGCCGCACCCUCAGCGUGCACCUCGCCAGUCUGUCCCGCUUCCUUCAGCACCCCGAGUCCCAGAUAGUGCCCGCGGGGGCCGCGGCACGUUUUGAGUGUCACGUGGAUGGCCUGCCCAUGCCCAGCAUCACCUGGGAGAAAGACCAGGUGCCCGUGCCAACCCAAACCAGGUUUAUCUCCCUCCCCAAUGGGGCGCUGCAGAUCCUGGGGGUGCAGGAGGAGGAUGCGGGAACGUACCGCUGCGUGGCCUCCAACUCCGCCCGCAAGCGUUUCAGCCAGGAUGCCACGCUCACCGUCACCACAGGCCAGCGCCCGGUCCCGGGAGAGGUGGUGAUCGUGGCGCCCCCCCGGAACACCACGGUGAUAUCGGGACGUCCCGCCGUGAUGGAGUGCAUGGCGCAGGGGCAGCCGAAACCCCUGGUGUCUUGGAGCAGGCUCGAUGGAAAGCCCAUCGCUACGGACGUGGUGGUCCUGGCGACGAACCUGCUCAUCCCAGACACGCGUCGGCACCACGGCGGCGUCUACGUCUGCCGCGCCAACAAGCCCAAGACGCGGGAGUUUGUCAUUGCCACCGCGGAGCUGCGCGUGCUGGCCCCGCCCGUCAUACUGCAGCCCCCGGAGACGGUGUCGCUGUCCCGCGGCAACACGGCGCGCUUCGUGUGCAACAGCUCGGGCGAGCCGCCGCCGGCGCUGCGCUGGCUGAAGAACGGCGAGCCGGUGCUGUCCAACGGCCGCGUGAAGACCCAGAGCCCCGGCGUGCUGCUCAUCAACCAGCUGGGCCCGGACGACGCCGGCUACUACCAGUGCAUCGCCGCCAACAGCCUGGGCACGGCCUGCGCCACCGCCAAGCUGUCCGUCAUCGUGCGCGAGGGCCUGCCCAGCGCCCCCCGCCGCCUCUCCGCCCAGCCCUACUCCAGCACCAGCGCCCUGCUCACCUGGGAGCGGCCCGAGCUCAACAGCGACCAGAUCAUCGGCUUCUCCGUGCACUACCAGCGGGCGGCCGGGUCUGAUAACAUGGAGUACCAGUUUGCGGUGAACAACGACACCACGGAGUACCACGUGAAGGAGCUGCAGCCACACACAGCGUACACCUUCUACGUGGUGGCGUACUCGCCCAUGGGCGCCAGCCGCCCGUCACAGCCCGUCACCGUGGAGAUGCUGGAGGACGUUCCCAGCGCCCCCCCACAGCUGUCCCUCUUCAGCACCUCCUCCACUGACAUCCGCGUGAUGUGGCUGCCCCUGUCCUCCCAGCACAGCCGCGGGGCCAUCACCCGCUACCGCGUGGACUACUGUGCCCUGGAGCACGAGGACAACGUGACAUCCGUGGAGGUGGCGGGGAACGAGACCCAGGUCACCCUGCGCGGGCUGCGCCCCAACCAGCUGUACCGCGUGCGCAUGGCGGCCGGCACCCGCGCCGGGUUCGGGACGCCCUCCGAGUGGACCCUGCACCGCACCCCCGACCACAUCAACCACACCAUGGUGCUCUUUGCUCCCACCGAGCUGAAAGUGAGGGCCAAAAUGCACUCCCUCCUUGUCACGUGGCAGCCGCCACCCAAUCACACGCAGAUCUCCGGAUACAAGCUGUUCUGUCGCGAGGCGGAGCUCGAGGAGCAGGCCAAUGAGGACGGCCCUGGGAGCGAGCGGGAGAGGGCGCCGGGGGCCCAGCCAAUCAAACUCAGGAAGAGGACCAAACAUCACGAGGUCACUGGCCUGAUCCCCGACCGCCUGUACGAGGUGAAGGUGUGGGCCUACAACAAGCAGACAGACGGCUACGCGGCUGUGUGGAAGGGGCGGACCGAGAAAGCGCCCGUCACAGGAGUUCCCCCGCAGGGCUUCCUGCCACCCCUGCCCCCCAGCGGCGUCCAGGCCUCCGCCAACAGCUCCACGUCCAUCUGGCUGCGCUGGGAGAAGCCGCGCUUCAGCACCGUCCGCAUCAUCAACUACACGGUGCGCUGCAGCCCUGCCGGGCUCCGCAACGCCUCCCUGGUCUCCUACUACACCAGCUCUGCCCAGGAGAUCCUGCUGGGGGCGCUGAAGCCCUUCACCCGCUACGAGCUGGCGGUGCAGUCCAACGGGCUGGAGGUGGACGGCCCCUUCAGCAACACCGUGGAAGAGUCCACCUUCUCCGACAGACCCUACACACCCCCUGCUGAGUUCCAGCUCACCGCCCUGGACUCCAACUGUGUGCUGGUCAGCUGGCGCCCCCCUCUGGAGGCCAACGGCAUCAUCGUGGAGUACAGGAUCCUGUACAGCGGGAACAGCACUCUGCCUGACCACCAGUGGAGCUCUCUGUCAUGCCACGGCAGUUUGACAAGCACAGAGGUACAGGACCUGCUGAGCGGCACACACUACUUCUUCAAGAUGGGGGCGUGCACAUCUGUGGGGGCGGGGCCGUUUUCAGCCGUGAAGGAUGUCCACACGCCGCCGGAGAAAUACGAGCUGGACAUCCCCUCGGUGACGGGCAUCAUCGUCGGGGUGUGUCUGGGUCUGCUCUGCAUCCUGCUCUGUAUGUGCGUCAGCUUCCGCAACGGCAAGGCCAGGGAGCUGUCGGGGGGUCUGGACCCCUCCGCCCUCCCCCCGCAGUACCGGCGGGGCCGGCCGGUCCCCACCCCGGCGCCGGAGUGCAGCGACUGCCACGAGCUGGAGACGCUGAUGUCGCCGGGGGCGCAGGACCCCGUCCCGCCGCUGUCCGAGGUCACCGAGGAGCACAGCCUGAUGGGAGGUCGUGCCGGGGAUGACAGCCCCGCCCUGGAGGCCAAGCCCGCUUGGAACGGAUCGGUCAGUCGCAACUGGGCCAACCGCAUCACCAGAUACCGGGACACCAUCACAGAGGACUCCCCCGCCCUCAGCAACGGGUCCCUGAGCCCCGCAUCCCGAAGGCCCUCUGAGAGACCCCUGGAUGCCCCUACCACUGAAUCCAGCAUGAGCGACGCCGAGGAGAGGCUGUACUCCUCACUGUGCAGCAACCAGGUGGAGGCCGAGGUCAUUGUUCACUCCGAGCUCUCGGACCCGGAGGGUGACCGGGAGGCCGAGGGCGAGGGGGAGACGCGGGACCACUCCCCCCUCGGAGGCCCCACCUCCCCCAGGCAGCCCACCGCCGCCCCUGCCGCCGCCCCGCCAGACCCGGGAGAGGGUCCUCAGGAAGCCCAGCCGUCACCGCUGCAGCCGCCCCCGGCACCCUGUAACCCCGCCCCCGAGGUACUGACCAAUCACAGCAGGCAGCAGGAGGCCGGGCUGGCCCAGGGGGGCGCGGACAGGUGGAUGCAGCAGCCGGCCUCCCCGCCGGGGGUGGGGCUGACCAAUGGCUUCCACGCCCCCGAGCCGCUGGAGAACGGGGACUCUUUCCAGCCCGGGAACAGACACUUGCUCCCCGGGAAGGCCCUGUCCAUGCAGCUCCCACUGCCCCCGUCUCCCUUUGCCAGCUCUGGCCUCGUCCACUCUACCUCAGCGGCACGCAGCUACCUGUGCCCCUAG